AUGGGUAAAACAGGUAAAGGUAAAGGUGGUAAGAAUAGAAGAAGAGGUAAAAAUGAUAAUUCAGGCCAAAAAAGAGAAUUAAUAUUUAAAGAAGAAGGUCAAGAAUAUGCACAAAUUACAAAAAUGUUAGGUAAUGGUAGAAUAGAAGUUUCAUGUUUUGAUGGUAUUAAAAGAAUGGGUCAUAUUAGAGGUAAAUUAAGAAAAAAAGUAUGGAUGGGUCAAGGUGAUAUUAUUUUAGUUUCAUUAAGAGAUUUUCAAGAUGAUCAAUGUGAUGUUGUACAUAAAUAUAAUUCAGAUGAAGCAAGAUCUUUGAAAAAUCUUGGUGAAUUACCUGAAAAUGCUAAAAUUAAUGAAACUGAUACUUUUGGUGCUGAUGAAGAUGAAGAUGUUAAUUUCGAAUUUGGUGGUGCUGAUGAAGAUGAAGAUGAAAGUGAAGAUGAAUUAGAUAUUGAUGAUAUUUAG